AAUGCACUUGUUACCUUGUUUUUUCUCCUUCCCUGAGUAUUCGGUUUUCUUUUUAUGAGAUGUUGACGGGCUGGCCCGGCGGCCGGCCCUUUCUUCACCAAAAACAAAAAAAAAAAAAAAAAAAUCACAGUUUUACUCAAACAUCCACCGCUUCCCUCCCAAACCCAAACGUAGAAGACCACCAAUUACACAGUCGUCGAGAAGGAAGGCGCAACCAUGUACGGUGGCGAUGAAGUGUCAGCAAUUGUAGUAGAUAUGGGGUGUCACACCUGCAAGGCAGGCUAUGCAGGUGAAGAUGCUCCCAAGGCUGUCUUUCCUUCUGUGGUUGGAGCAGUUGAUCAAAUGGAUGUUGAUGUUCCUGAUAAUCCUGAAAAGAACCUGGGUUCUGCUCCUGAUCCAAACAGUACUGUGAAGACCUUUGAAUCAGAGAAAGAAAAAAGCAAACGCAAAUUCUAUGUUGGAUCGCAAUCCUUGGGAUUUCGUCGUGAUAAUAUGGAGGUAUUAUCACCCUUUAAAGACGGAGUGAUUGCGGACUGGGAUAUAGUUGACUGCAUAUGGGACCAUGCUUUCAGGGAAUGUCUACUGAUUGACCCGAAGGAGCAUCCUAUGCUACUUGCAGAGCCAUCUCUUAAUAAUCAACAGCAAAGAGAAAGGGCGGCAGAGCUGAUGUUUGAAAAAUACAAAGUUCCAGCUUUAUUUUUGGCCAAGAAUGCAGUUCUUACCUCAUUUGCAUCAGGGCGAGCAACCUCUCUAGUAGUUGACAGCGGGGGAGGUUCAACCACUGUUGCCCCGGUGCAUGAUGGUUAUGUGCUUCAAAAGGCUGUCUUGUCUUCACCAAUUGGAGGAGAUUUUCUUACCGAUUGCUUGACUAAAAGCUUGGAGAGCAAAGGCAUCAGUAUCAAGCCUAGGUAUUCUUUUAAAAGAAAGGAGAUACGUCCUGGAGAAUUUCAGACUGUUGAUCUUGAUUUUCCUAAUACGACAGAAAGUUACAGGCUCUACUGUCAGAGGGUUAUUGCCAGUGACAUCAAAGAGUGUGUGUGUCGAGCACCUGAUACACCUUAUGAUGAAAGUUCAUACUCGAAUAUUCCUAUGACGCCAUAUGAGCUUCCUGAUGGACAGACCAUUGAAAUUGGAUCAGACAGGUUCAAGACUCCUGAUGUUUUAUUCAACCCACCAUUGGUUCGGACAAUUCAAGGCAUGGAUAAUUAUUUUGAGACUGCUGCUUCAGCCCGUGGCCUACCUCAAAUGGUUAUUGAAAGCAUAAAUAAGUGUGACGUUGACAUCCGAAGAGAACUUUUCAGUAGCAUAUUGCUUUCUGGAGGUACAGCAUCUAUGCAGCAACUGAAAGAACGUCUUGAGAAAGAUCUUCUAGAGGAGUCGCCUCAAGCUGCCAGAGUAAAGGUUUUGGCUAGUGGAAAUGCAACAGAAAGAAGGUUUAGUGUUUGGAUAGGAGGAAGUAUACUGGCAUCUCUUGGUUCUUUCCAGCAAAUGUGGUUCUCCAAGGCCGAAUAUGAAGAACAUGGAGCUAGUUAUAUUCAGAGAAAAUGUCCUUGAGAAGUCAGCUGUUUUGCAUCCAAGAUGAUUUAUGGAGAUGGAAGUGCUAGUUCACUUAUUCUUGACAACUUUUAGGUCACGUGUAACAUGAUAGGAAUUCAUACAAAAAUGUAGUUGAUAACUUUUGUUAUGAACUUGGACGGUUGCUGUAAGACUGGUAAUAUAUUUGUCUGGAAAUGUCUGCUUGGUCUGAAAUCCUGUUCUGCAGGAGAAGUUUGUGCAAUGCUGCAGGAUUUGUCCAUUGGAUUGACCUUGCUUAAUGUUGUUAUACAGUCUACAUUCUUCAA